AUGUUUUAUCUAGAUUUGACUACACCUUCAUCAAAAUCUCUUAUCUGGACUAACGCCAUUUUUCAGCGACCGGCGUCAAGGAUUGAUGAUGUGGGACAGGCGUGUAUCCCACCCCCGUUAAGGGUGGACGACCCUGUCAUGAUGUCUUAUGUAAAAACACUUCCGCCCAUUGUGUGUGAGGGGGAGAGAGAUUGGGUGUUCGUCGAUAAUGGUACCUUAAGGUUCACCAAACACGCCAAGGAGACGUACGGAAACUUCAGCUGCAAGUUUUACAACUUGGUGCGCAUUCACGAAAAAAAUGUUACGUGGGGAGCUGUUUACGCGAACGUUCAAGAAGGCUACAGAAUUCCUGGAGAUUUCUUUAAAGUCGAAUGCAAGUCAGCUAAGGGGGAUAAUUCCAGUGUAGAAAUUCACGCAGGAGUUGCAUACACUCACGAUCGAGCUAGCAGACCGGAAGUGGAUUUAACCCAAGGCCUUGAAGGGCUGAGUAUUGCUAUUAUUGGGUUCGACUCACUCUCAAGGUUGUCGUGGAUGCGCCGCUUGCCGAAAACACGGGAGUAUUUUCUGGGGCUGGGCGCCAUAGAACUGGAGGCGUAUAAUGUAGUAGGGGACGGGACCACGGCCGCUAUGUUUCCUAUGCUGUCUGGCAAGUUUGAGUGGGAACUCCCCAAAUGUGGCUUGAACAAAAAAGACGCCAUUCCUAUGGACGAGUUCCCCUUUAUCUGGCACGAGAUGCAGAAAGCUGGGUACCUGACGUCAUGGUCAAACGGCCUGUCCGGCGCCUUCAACUGGAGGUUUCUGGGCUUCAACCAGCAACCCACAGACUUCUACACCCGUCCUUACUUCUACGCCGUUCGCCCUGGGAGAACAUUUAAACGUCCGUGUAUUGGGGAGAAGAGAACGAGUCAAGUGUGGCUAGAAUUCUUUCGGGAUAUUUUCCUAAUGUACCCGAAAAGGAGGAAGUUUCUGUUUCAUUUCUACUCGGAAAUGACGCACGAGGACAAUAAUCCAAUAACUAGGAUUGACGGGGAACUAAAAGAGAGCAUCGAGUUUUUGUACAAGGGAGGCUAUCUGGAAAACACAGUACUGAUACUCAUGGGAGACCAUGGUGCUAGGUAUGGUAAGAUGAGGUCCACCUUGCAAGGAAAACUAGAAGAAAAACUGCCCUACUUCUCGUUCUUGUUUCCGAAAUGGUUUGGAACGAAAUACCCUCAGGCUUUGAAGAAUCUUAGAACAAACGUGAAUCGAUUGACAACCCCUUUUGAUAUACAUGAAACUUUCAAAGAUUUUUUGAAAUUUGGAGGGACAGGGAUGGGGAAUGUUUCGGAGAGGGGUAUCAGUUUAUUUAAGGAGAUACCGCGGGAAAGAACGUGCGCGCAUGCGCAGAUAACAUCACACUGGUGCGCGUGCUUACCAUGGAAGAAUGUCUCUGCCGAUGACGCCGAUGUGAAAGAAGCUUUGAAGUGUGUUUUGGAGACCAUCAACAAUUACACAUCGGCGUAUAGAUCAGACUGUGAAGAGCUGUCGCUAGAGAGCGUCACCCAAUCUUUGAAGCUGGAGAAUCAACCUUCCCGGGAGAGGCCGGGACGGACGGACUUGACCCUGUACCAGCUGACCUUGUACACCACCCCGGGUCAAGGUCAUUUCGAGGUCACGGUGACCUACGACCAGGCUCUGGGCCAAAUGAGUACAGGUGGAAAAGAGAUCAGCCGAAUCAACAAGUACGGUGAUGAUUCUGCCUGCAUCUUAAAAAAGGAUACCCAAAUUAAACAGUAUUGUUACUGUAGAAAAAGAAAAAAGAAUUAA